AUGAUUGUUUAAGAAAAUUUGAAUGAAAAAGUGUCUUAGCCGAGAUUAUGUUAAGGCACUAAUGAAUUUCGUGGAAUAUCUUGGGACGAACUGGAGAAUAGAUUCAUUUACUCAACGUUCUAAAUAUUUUUGAAGAAAUAAGAAAUCUAUUACAUAAAAGAGGGAUAAAUAAUUAGACUGUUAUAUUUUGUUGUUUAAUAUAUUUAGAGACACUAUUAAAGAUGAAACUAAGGAACCUGAUUACUUAACUAAUUUGGAUUAAAUCAAAUUUCUAAAUUGGAUAGGAAGUUGUGACAAGAAAAAUUAGAAAAUUGGAAAAUGGAUAACAAUUUGGAAGGGAGGAGUUCUUCAAGGAAUUGGAGGAUAUUAUGCUGAAGGAGAAAAAUAAGGCCUAUGGAAGGAAAUAUCCAAAAAUUUUUAGAAGUACAAAUUUUUGAUAUAUUGAAAAGUUAGGCAUAGAUAUAUGAAUAUGGAGAAUAUAUGAAUGAUAAAAGGUAAGGGAUCUGGAAACAUCUAUACAAAUAAACAGAAAUGUAUUAAAAAUGAUAUCGUUGAAUUAGUGGUGGUGGAAGGUAUAAUCCGUUAGGUUAAAGACAUGGGAAAUGGAUAUAGGCAAGUGAUAGUUUUUGGGAUCAGUCAAAUAUUACUUAUAUUGGAGUUUAUGAAAACGGUAUCAAAAUUGGUUUGUGGGAUAUUUAGUUUAAUGAAAAAGGAAUCGAUUAUUUGGUGUAAAAUUAUUAUCAUUAUAAACUAAAUUAUUAGUGGUGGUGGGUUCUAUGACCAAGGAGUAAAAGUUGGACACUGGGUUGAUAUCUUUGAUGGAUUUUGGUUCCAUUCUUGUAUUACUUAUCAUGGUGAAUAUAAUAAAGGUAAAAAAAUCGGUAAUUGGAAUAGCUUUUGGGAUGCAAGAUCAAAAAUGUAAAAUUAAAGCAUUAUCUAUUUAUUGUUAGUGGUGGUGGAUCUUAUGAUGAAGGAAUUAAAAUUGGGAAUUGGAUAGAAGUGAGUGAUGGAAUUUUUGACUAGUCAAUAGUAACGUUUAUGGGUGAAUACAAUAAAGGUUAGAAAAUUGGUCGAUGGGAAACACUUUUUUCUGACAAAGGAAACAUUCAAUGGAUGUAAGACUAUUUUCAAAAAUAAUUAAUACUGCUAGUGGUGGUGGAGAAUAUGAUGAAAAAGGCCAAGGUUUGAA